AUGUCCGCCAACGAUCAUUUGGAAGAUGUAUUUUCGGGAAUAUUUGCUAAGACUGAAGGGGUAUCCAUGUUAGAAGGGCGUUCAAGCCGGUUGAUGUGUGCGAGCGUGGAGCGCGUGCGGCUGCGGCCGCGCGUGCGUGCGCCCGCCUCCAGCCUACUGCUGCGCGCCGUCGCCGACGCGCACAAGAGCUUGUUGAAUAUGCCCAGUACAAACGCGGUUAAAGACUCGCAAGCGAAGCGCGCUUUUGUGCUACCGAUGCGACGAUCAGUCGAACCUCAAAAACUUACCAUCCAAUUAGCUGCUGACAACUCGCAAGAGACUGGUGACAGCAUUAGUCUUGGAAGAGAUACAGACAGUGGUGAUGAUAAAAGUGAAAAACAUGAAGGCCUCUUAAAUGAUGAAGAUGAAAUAAGCAAGACAAAUAAUAACAAAAUAAUGCCACCUGAAAGUAAAGAGCUCAAACCUAAGGAGAAAGAACCCGUUAAAGCCACAAAGAAAGUUCUAGACACGCAAAUGCGACGCUUAAGUAAUACAAGCGAAGAGAGUGAAACACAAGUUAUAAUUAAACAGGAAGUUGAGAAAAAAGCGAAGAGAAAAAGUCUUGAAGUAUUAGAUUCGCCGGUUGUGAAGAAGAGAAAGCGAUCACCGAUAGUAUGCGAUGUUGAUAAGGAAGUGAAAGAGACAGAUAGAGUUAGAAAAAGAACAGUCACAAAUACAAACAAAUAUGAUUCGGUGCCAUCUUUGUCAGCGGCGCAGCGCAAGCUGGUAUGGUGUCGUCUAUUCCCGGCGUGCCGCUACGGCUCGGCCUGCGCCUUCGCGCACCCGCGCUGCAAGUUCCUCGCUGCCUGCAUGCGCCGCAACUGCGUGUACUCGCACUCGCCCUCCGCACCCGUGUUGAUGCCUUCGUCUUAUAUUGCAACUUCUCACGUAGUCCCAGCAGCAAAAUUCAGGUCAAAAUCAGCUAUAGUACCAAACGUGUGCAAGUUCCACCCGAACUGCUUGAACCCAGCGUGUCACUUCUACCACCCGAAGCCGUGUCGUUACGGCAACAAUUGCGCGAACAAACUAGAAUGUAAGUUCUAUCAUGCGGAUGUAACGCCGAAGUGGAAAUACACUGUUUAA